CAAAAGCCCUCCCCUUCCAAACCCCGCCUCCCUCCCUCAUCCCAUCUCCUCCUCCAGCUCCCACAGCCGCCGCGUCCAAUGGAGUCUUCCCUCCUCCUCUCCUCCACCCGCCCCAUCAGGCCGUUCCUCCCGCUCCCCUUACCCUUCCCCUCCGCCCAUCGCCGCCACGCCUCCCCCCGCGCGAGGCCUCCUGCGCCGCAGCCGCCGCCUCGCCUCGUUCACCGGCGGGGCGCGUCGUCGUUCGUCGCGCCGCGCGCCGCGCACGAGGCGCUCGACGGGGUUCACAGCCAGGACAGGCCCCACGGAGUCGGCCGCGGGGGCGCGCGCCGGAGGGCAUACCGCGAGGCCCAGGGCGAGGCUACCGCGCCCCCCGUCGCGGCGGUCGUGAGGGCCGUCGCGCCCUACGUCGUCCCGGCUGGCGCAGUGCUCGCGCUGAGCUUUGUCUUAUGGAAGCUGGUUCAGAGUUUGCUUCCACAGAAGACAAAGGACCGAAAUUCUGGAGAAUCUGCGCCUUCUGGGAUCAUGUGGUCCUUUGCUGCUGGUUCCAAUUUGGCAACAUCUACCUUCAACUCUGAAAAAGAGUCGAGGAAAAAUCUUAACAAGUUCUACAAAGAACUUCGGACUUUGAAAACUGUUAACAUGGCAGGUCGUCAGUUUGGGGAUGAGGGUCUGUUUUUUCUAGCAGAAAGCUUAGCCUACAACAAGAGUGCACAAGAGGUGGACUUUUCUGGCAAUGGGAUAACAUCUGUGGGAAUAGAAGCCUUUGAUGGAAUUCUUCAGAUAAAUACAGCUUUAAAAACUCUCAAUUUAUCUGGAAAUGCUAUUGGAGAUGAAGGAGCUAAGUGUCUUUCAGAUAUAUUGGGAGAAAAUGUUGGUAUUCAGAAGCUCCUACUGAACAGUACCAAUAUUGGAGAUGAGGGCGCCAAAGCAAUUUCAAGUAUGCUGAAAAAGAAUAAAACUAUACGUAUUCUACAGCUCAGCAACAAUACAAUUGAAUAUAGCGGAUUUGCAAGUAUUGCAGAAGCCCUUCUAGAGAAUAAUGCCAUACGGUGCUUGUAUCUCAAUGGCAACUAUGGCGGUCCUCUUGGUGCAUGCAACCUAGCACGUGGAAUUGUAGGGAACAAGUCUUUGAGGGAAAUUCACUUGCAUGGUAAUGAGAUUGGGAAUGAGGGGAUACGUGAGUUGAUGUCAGCAUUAUCUGCUCAUAAAGGCAAGAUCACAGUUGUGGAUAUUGGCAACAACAACAUUAGCCCGGAAGGUUUACGUCCUGUUGCUGAGUUCAUCAAAAGGACAAAGUCUUUACUGUGGUUCAGUCUCUACAUGAAUGACAUUAGCGAUGAGGGAGCUGAAAAGGUUGCUGAUGCUCUGAAACAUAAUCAAACAAUUUCUACUAUAGACUUGGGUGGUAAUAACAUUCACAGCAAAGGGGUUAGUGCAAUAGCUGAAACUUUGAAGGAUAAUGCAGUGCUGAAAACAUUGGAUUUGAGCUAUAAUCCAAUUGGUUCAGAUGGGGUAAAGGCUUUAUGCGAUGUCCUCAAGUUCCAUGGGAAGAUCCAAACCCUUAAGCUUGGCUGGUGCCAGAUAGGUGUGCCAGGUGCAGAAUUUAUUGCUGACUGUCUGAAGUACAACACAACAUUGUCAACAUUAGAUUUGCGGGCAAAUGGACUUGGAGAUGAUGGUGCUAUAUGCUUGGCACGAAGUUUCAAGAUAAUCAAUGAAUCUUUGACGUCACUUGACCUGGGUUUUAAUGAGAUUAGAGAUGACGGAGCAUUUGCAUUGGCACAAGCACUUAAGGCUAAUGAAGAUCUUGCAGUCACGUCGUUAAAUCUCGCAAAUAACUUCUUCACUAAAUUUGGACAGGUUGCUCUGACUGAGGCGCGGGAUCAUGUAUACGAGAUGAGCGAAAAGGAGAUAGACAUUUAUUUUUAGAUCUCACUGGUUUCUCUGAGCACAAUACCAGCCACGUGGUUCUGCAUUGAAGGCAUGCUUUCUGCACAUGUUCAAGGAAUGUGGGCAUUGUUCGUCAAGUAGGUUAAAACAAUAAAAUGAGGGAAGAGCAUGCUUUAUGUUUGUAUAGAAAGUUUUGGUAAAGUAGUUAGCUAUGUAGGUUAGCCAUUCAACUGCUUAUAUGCAAUUUUGCUGGAGACAUUAAUCUUGACUUGACCAUUCAUAUUGGUUGGAAUGGAUAAUGAUGAACAUCACAUAUUA